CAUCAGAACUUCACGUCGUGCCCUCCUAGUCUCAGCCUGCUGCUUUCGAUCGACGUUCUCAUUGCCAAGCAGGGCCAACGUCGCGUGCUCAACAGCUUUUCACUCGCUGCAACGCAACAAUAGUAUAGAGAUGUUUAGAUUACGAUUAGCAACGUGUUUGGUUUGGCUGGGAUGGAUUUGGUCGCUGGCUCCGCCUCCUUUUGUGGACGCUGCAAGCAUCACUGUGAUAACAGACUCGGUCAGCUCGUUCGCGCUGCCGGACCCAAGCGAGCCCAAGUACAUCGUGACAUUAGCUGGACCUAAGGGCUCCAACUUAGCAGGCGUAGUGUCUAGUGGCGCCGAGGCAUCGGCUGACACCGGCAGCAGCGAGGCGCCGGCGGAGCCGGCCGCGGCAGCCCGCCGUAUUACCAUGACUGCCGCCAACGGGCGCCGCUACACGUGUAGUCUGCCGCCGGAUAGCGCCACCGGCGGUGCAGCCGCCACGGCCCUAGCAGCAGCACAGGCGGUAGCAGCUGCUGAGUCCUCAGUGGCGUCUGGGUCAUCAGCAGGGUCCACGGAAGCGCAGGCAGCGGCCGUGGACGCAUCCACAGCUGGUAGCACGGCGGCUUCUGUGGCCGCGGACACGGGGGCGGCUUAUGGGCAAAAGACGCCGCACGAGCUGUUAGAAGCCAUGUCGGCGCUGUGCCUGUACCGGCAGGAGGGGCUGUGGACGUACGAGAUGUGCUACAAGAAGCACGUGCGCCAGUUCCGGCAGGACGCCAGCGGCCGCAAUGAGGACUUCAGCUGCGGCAAGUACACGGGCGACGAGGAGCAGAACAGCAGCAUCCUGCUGGACGCCAGCUCCACGGCGGUGCCCAUCCGCUACGUGUCGCACGUGUUCUCUGGAGGCGCCAAGUGCACCAUGACCGGCGCCGAGCGCACCGCUGAGGUGCGGUUCACGUGCCUGCCUGACACCACUGACAACGUGCUCGUGUCCAUAAAGGAGUUUCCCACCUGCAACUACGUCUUUGUUGUCACCACGCCUUUCCUGUGCAAGCACCCGCUCUUCAAGCCGGCGGCCGAUAAGAACGUUGCGAUCAAGUGCGAGCCCAUCCCCUCGGCAGCUGACGGCGAGGAGGAUGCAGCACAGGCACAGGAAUCAGACACGGCUGCGGGCGGCCGCUCGGCCACGGACGAAGCUGGCGGGCUGGGCACUGCACCGCCCCCGGCAGCGGCGCCAGCUGCGGCCAGUAGCAGCGACACGAGCAGCACAUGCGAGGCCGGCGACGGCACGUGUAGCGCAGGCGGGGACGGCGAGAAAGUCGAGGCGGCCAACAAGGGAGCGGACGCCGUUAUUGCGGACGAGGCGGAUGGAAGUGGUGCGGAGGACGAGGAUGAUGACAGUGAAGACACAGGCACCGACGUCGAUGCAGCUGAGGAUUUUACAGGGCCACCGGUCGCUCUGUAGUGUUAUACUUGAGGGGAAAACGUUAAGUACCGGCAGCACGUCAGCCCAGUGCGCAUUGGGGCGGUUGAGCGCAUGAGCAGAACUGAGCCGGGCUAGGAGGGCCGCAACCACCAUCCCAGGCGUCAUUGAGGGGCAGGUUCUGGCUUUGGUCCUGACUCAGGAAUCAGGCCCGCAGGGAUGAGACUUCAAAAGCCAGACUGCGAAGGCUUGGGGCAUGGUGGUCACGUGGGUGGUCACUGGUCGGGCGCGGGCAAGGUGGUUAGUGCCCGCAACCCCUCAAGUGACUGCUCUUCCCCUGCACCCGCACGAAGCCUAAUCAGGCUACCGCGAGCCUAUCAUACGACAUACGUGCCUUGGGUCGGGUGAUGAUGUGGGGCGCGGUGUAUGGAGGUGGCAUCCUGUACGUUUACGUGGGCGCCUCAUUGCGCUACGUCGCCGAGCAGGUUUGAUUUUGUGGCGUGAGAGCGCCUCACCCCGUUAGCGCUGAGCGCUGUGCCGCAGUAGGGUGAGAGUUACGGGGUAGAAUUUCAUGCGUGAGACAGUCGGCUCGCUUCCGAUGUAGGCGUUAGAGCAUUGGGGUAGUCUUUCGGAGGUUUGGGGAGGGCGGGGGAGGGCGGGGGAGAGCGGAGGGGGCUGAGAUCCGUGCCGCUGCCAUGGGGCCCUCGGGCCAAUC